CGACACAACGACUGCCUUUAUUGGAGUUAAGACUUGAGGUAAUCCAUCCUCACGAGCAUCUUGAGGCCUUCCUCUACGGGGAAAGCAGGAGCAGGAUGACUUUCAAGAUGGAUUCCGGGAAGCUCUAAGAGAAGGAGACGGAGAACGAGAUGGACGUCAUGGAGUGGUGGGUGAUCUUAAUACGACACAGUUUGUACCACCAGCAUUGGCCGCAAGGAGCACUAGAUCAGCACUUGUUGGUAUAAUAAGCAACAGGAAUAGAGAAGGAGAUGCUGUAGAUGAAUCUCUAGCAAAUAGCCAAAGGAGAAGUGAUUU